CUGUUCCAAAACAUUAUGCAACGCGCUUCCACUCAGAUCGCCACAUGUGGAGAGUAGAAGUCGUAUCGGACUGAUAAGGAAGGAGUCCUGUGUUGUCCAUAGACUUAGUUCUUACGUGGAACUUCGGACACGUCUCUUGGACUUAUAUCCCGACUGGUCUUCGCUUUAAACUCUGGACUGGAGAAGACUUAGACCUGGAUAAACUUUAAUGAUCCGCAAGGGAAGUUGUUGUAAGUUGGUCAUUUCUCACUGAUGGAUGUGUGAAAGACAGGAAUUUGGAGUCGGGGCAACUCACCUCUUCUGACCGCACCUGGCAAACUAUGACAGUACAAAGGCAGCAGGUUGAAGAAGCCAUGACCAAGACGGGCGCUGUCGGCCAGGAUUUUCUUUCCUCCGCCGAGGCGGCGAGAUUGAGCGUUGUCCUCUAAGGAAGGCAGAGGGCGACCGAUGAUCUUCUCUGCUGUCCUGGUCACCCUCUCUCCUCACAGAAAGUAAAUCAAUACUUGUAAUCAGACCAGACCUUGGCAGUGACCAUGACUUCCCAGGGUCCGCAUCGACACCGGCAUAUCCUUUCCACCUUAUUUUCUUGCUGUUUCAAGAGUAGUGACCAACCGGAAAUCACCCACUGCCAUGAUACUACCAACACUGCAGCUCUGGAGCCGAGCUUGCCAAUGCCACCCCUUGAAGAGUUGGACUCCAUGUUCACUGAGCUGGUGGAUGAAUUGGACCUCACAGAGGAGCACAGGGCUCGCAUGUUUGCGCUACCGGCAGAGAAAAAAUGGAAGCUUUACUGGAGUAAGAAGAUGGAAACGGAAGAAACUAAAACAUCAACCAGCUGGCCAGAAUAUUAUAUUGACAUGCUCCAAAUCAUGGCUGUUAGAAAGACCGUGUUGGAUUUGGAGGAUAAGGAAGAUCAAGGACGGCAAAAGGUUGUAGAAGGUCUUAAGACAGCUCUGAGGACACAACCUAUGAGAUUUGUGACAACAUUUAUUGAUUUGGAGGGCCUGUCCAGUAUCUUGAACUACCUCAAGGCAAUGGACUAUGUGACAGCUGAGUCCCAGAUCCACACGUCACUGAUUGGAUGCAUCAAGGCUCUGAUGAACAACACCCAGGGCAGAGCUCAUGUCCUGGAACACAGCGAGAGCAUCAAUACAAUUGCCCAAAGUCUUGCCACUGAAAACAUUAAAACCAAGGUUGCUGUCCUGGAGAUUCUGGGUGCAGUGUGCCUGGUCCCUGGGGGCCAUAAGAAAGUGCUGGAAGCCAUGUUGCACUACCAGACGUUUGCCUCAGAAAGAACACGCUUUCAGACUCUGGUGACAGACUUGGACCGAUCCACGGGCCGCUACAGGGACGAAGUCAGCCUGAAGACCGCCAUCAUGUCACUAAUCAAUGCCGUGCUGAGCCAAGGACCGGGCGAGACCAGUACGGAGUUCCGUAUCCACUUGCGCUACGAGUUCCUGAUGUUGGGCAUUCAGCCGGUCGUUGAUAAACUUCGCUCCCAUGACAACGAUACACUUGACAGACAUCUGGACUUCUUUGAAAUGUUGAGGAACGAGGAUGAGCUUCUGCUGUCCAAACGCUUCGAUCUUGUUCAUAUUGACACCAGAAGUGCAAGCCAGAUGUUUGAGCUGAUCAGGAAGAAGCUGAACCACACUGAAGCUUACCCGCACCUGGUCUCUGCACUGCAGAACUGUCUCAUGAUGCCAGUUAAACAAACCACAGCCAUGAAUCAAUGCUGGGUGUUGUUGGAUCGGAUAGUUCAGCAGCUGGUUCUGCAGACAGACAAAGGCGGAGAUCCAGAUGUUGCUCCCCUGGCUGACUUUAAUGUCAAAAACAUUGUUCGCAUGCUGGUGAAGGAAAAUGAAGUCAAGCAAUGGAAAGACCAAGCAGAUUCCAUGACCAAAGAUCAUCAGGAGCUGAAGCAACGUUUGGAGAAGAAAGACAAGGAGUGUGCGAGCAGGAAUAAGGAGAAAGAAGACAUCGUGGCGAUGCUGAACACCUUGAAAGACAAGCUGGUGCUGGAACGCAACAAUCACACUCACGCCAAACAACAACUGGAGGAAAUAUCUGCUCGGCUACAGGAAGUCAGCUCCACAUCCGGUGUGACUCGGAGAAGUGUGGAUCCAUCUGUUCCCAUUGCAUCGACUGCUCUACCAACACCUCCACCCCCCGUGGGGGCUGCUCCGGUAUUUGGAGUUCUUCCAUUUGCUCCUCCACCUCCUCCUCCUCCCCCUCCUCCACCAGGAGCUCCUCCUGGAAGUACCAAGCAGAAGAACAUCCCCCAGCCAUCAAACCCCCUGAAGUUGUUCAACUGGGUCAAACUACCUGAGAGCAAGAUUGAAGGCACCAUCUGGUCAGACAUUGACGACCUCCAAGUCUUCCAACAACUUGACCUUGAGGAGUUCCAGCGCACGUUCUCAGCCUACCAGAGGUCACAGAAAGAAGGUGGAGAGGAUGUUGCCUUCGAGAGGAAGGGGAGGGAGCUCUCAUUGAUUGAUGGCCGCAGAGCUCAGAACUGCAACAUCCUGCUGUCACGACUUAAACUGAGCAAUGAGGAAAUCCGCUCAGCAGUCCUGAGCAUGGAUGACCAGGAGGACCUGCCUAAAGACAUGCUUGAGCAGCUUCUGAAGUAUGUUCCGGACAAAAGUGACAUUGAGUUGUUGGAGAGCCACAAGCAGGAAGUGGAGCGUAUGGCCAAAGCAGACCGCUUCCUGUAUGACAUGAGCAGGAUUAACCACUAUCAACAGAGACUUUCGUCUCUGUUCUUUAAGAAGACGUUUGCCGAACGAGUGGCUGACAUCAAACCUAAAAUCAAAGCUCUAAGUCUUGCAUCCAGGGAGGUCAUGAAGAGCCGAACUCUCCAUCAACUGUUAGAGGUGGUUCUGGCCUUCGGGAACUACAUGAACAAAGGGCAGCGAGGAAAUGCUUACGGAUUUAAAGUCUCUAGUCUGAACAAGAUUGCUGACACCAAGUCAAGUACUCACAAAAACUUGAGUCUGCUCAACUACAUUGUGAAUGUACUGGAGAGAGCCUUUCCCAUGGUGGUGGACCUCAGUGAAGAGUUGCAAAAUGUGCCCGAGGCUGCGAAAGUGAAUAUGGUGGAAUUGGAGAAAGACAUCAACAAUCUGCGAUCUGGCAUCCAAAGUGUCGAAGCUGAGCUCCAGUACCAGCGAGCCCAGCCUUCCCUGGGUCCAGAUGACAGAUUUGUCCCUGUGGUCAGUCAGUUCAUGACUGUGGCGUCCCUCAGCUUGUCCCAUGUCCUCGAGUCUUUGGGUGAGGCAAAGGAACUGAUUGGCAAAGCAUUGCGGUACUUUGGUGAAGACGUGUCCACACUUCAACCGGACGACUUCUUCGGGGUCUUCGACGCGUUCCUCUCCGCAUUCUCAGAGGCCAAACGGGCCAAUGAAGACCUUGCCAGACGUAAUGAAGAGGAGGAAAAACGGGCGCUGACGCAAGAGAAGAUGAAGAAAGACCGGGAGCAGAAGGCGAGGAAAGCUCAAAUAAACGUGGAAGGCGAGGAGGAAGGCGACUUCGACGACUUGGUGUCGGCACUUCGCUCUGGUAAAGUGUUUGACAAGGACCGCAAAAGAACUUUGGCGGUACGAAACUUUUGACCAGCAACAACACCCACCGUAGAACCUUGAUGGGACACUUGGUGUAAACAACACAAUACUACACAACCGGCCCUUUUCUACCAACUAUCCCAGAAACGUUUACCACCAGUAAUUGUUUACCUAGGUAGUCAUUUGGGUUUUCACUGGAGCACAGAAUUUCGAGUCAUUUAUUAAAACCCGGGGAAUGUGCACCGAUAGCAAAAAUGUGCUUGAUCUCGUAUCUUUAGAUCAAUUUGAGCUUCUCCUAUUUGUCUCGUUCUGUGAACAUUGAGACAAAGUUGAGUUGCGAUAACCGUUCCAGCAAUAUUUGAGAAGUGAGGAGUGAGGAGGGAUCAAAUGUGUAUGCUACGGAUCCCGAUAACGUCUCACUCAUUUUGAAGGAGGUAUAAAGUAAAGAAAAGGACAUGUUUGAGACCAAUUUGAAGAAAUAUCACCACUACAAUAUACAUAUUUAUCGUAUGUCUCUUUGAUAAUUUCUCUUAAAUGUCUUACCAAAGCUCUCAUAGCUCAUAUUUAAGAAAUAUGAGAACAAAUUGUACAGAAUGUAAUUUAAAUAUUCAUUACCUGACUUCAGUAAUUAGAAAUAACAGUAAAAAAAUACAUCGAUAUUGAAAGGCGUAUCACUUUAUUUGGUUGAACAUGAUGUAAAAUAGAUUAAAUACAAUAUAGUCAUUAAUUAGUAGAUACAUUCUGUACAUAUUGACAUUUACAAUGAUAAAAAGUAAAUACAAAUGCAGCCUUUUACUCACGUGUAGUUUUUAGCAAAUAUCUUAAAAAUGACUGAAUUUUCAUUUUUUGAAAUAUUGUGGUGGAAAUGUCAGGGGAUUUAACCCGGGGCCUCAUCCUGUUCGUGACGCCAAUUUUAUGUGGUGGCCUGUACGUGGACGCCAAUUUUACGUGGUUGAAAUGUCGGGGAUUUAACCUGGGGCCUCAUCCUGUUCGUGACGCCAAUUAUAUGUGGUAGAAAUGCCGAAUCUUAAACAGGAACAAUAGAGAGUUUGUUACAACAGUUUUAAUUACUCACAAUCAGAAAGUGUCAGGUUCAAACACUGGUGACCUGUAUUAAUCGGACAAGAACCAAGGAACCAAGCAGACACAGGGUUAAAUAGAGCUCAUGAGGAGACAUGUGUUUUGGGCUGUACUCUAGUUACAGAUCCAAACAACAUUCUAAAGAAUAGCCCGCGUGCCUCCUGUAUUUAUUAAAGUAAUCCCUAUUACAUCAUUGUGACUGAGGGAAAGGGGGGAGUGGACUCGACACAAAAUAUGAUAAUACAAAAAUGCAAAUAUGUUGACACUUGGUGCUAUCGCCCAGUCUGUUCUUGUGCUGGUCCCAGAACAGAAUGUUUGGCCUUGGCAGUCAGCAUGCGGAAUCUGGACAGAACACUCAUAGGAAAGAAAUGUAAGCAAUCUUUCAGAUUGCUAGUCCUGCAUAAAUACAGAAAAAACGCUUCAGCACAAAUUGACAAUACUUUAUAGUAACGGCCCUUAAGCAUAUAGUUAUGAUGAUAAUAUAUACAUAAUUAUUCUAACAAUUCCCUCCUGUUUAUCACAUAACUUCCCCAGACUCUUCUUAUCCCCAAUAACAUCUUCUUGCGAUUUUCAGUUAAUAGUUCAUGAUAGUACAAAGUUGGAUUGAAUCGAUAUGAAAACAGACGAAAGAUGAUGCACCCUCGUGAAAGGAAUUAAUAAGAGCGCACCUCAGGCUUGGUCUUCCCUUCUUAUUUAUACGCUCCAUGAUGGCCUGAUUUGUAACAUAACUUAUAUAACAGUCCAAUGUUCAGGGUGACUUGACCUCUCAUGUCGUGUGCCUCCCAAUGCAUUUAGUUUGGAGGUAACCCUAGGACAGAAAUUUUCCACUACAAUAUUCCAAAAACAGGAAUACAUUUAUGAAAUUAUAAUGGUGUUGUUUGGAACUGGUCUACAUCAAGACAAUAAUCACACAUUUAAGACCAGGGAUACUUAACCUUUUUGACCUUGGGGCCCACUCAAACACUAACACUGAAUUAGUCAUCUUAUCUUUUAAUUUUAAUGGCAUUCAUCAAUAAUUAUAUAUAUAUCCUACUAACAGUUCAACAGUAUAAACCUUGUCUAAUGAUACAACUGUUAAUCAAAUAUUAUUAUUAAGGCUUAGGUCAGGCUGAUUACAAAAUAAAUACUAAUCAAAUAUACCAGUAAAGAACAGAUAAUCCUACUUUUUACACUUAAACUUUUAAGACUUUAGCUCGAGACUUCUUCUGUUUGUUUUGAUAUGGUCAUUACUGCCACUAGUGGUGGUAAAGUGUGUUACAACUGAAUACCACAGCUGAAAAACAGAUGUUUUUCGGCCGCCCUCACGGCCGAACAGUCGGCCCCUGCCCUAUGUUUUCUGGGGGAAGGUGACCUAGCACAUUAAUUAAUGCCAUGUAAACAGACAACAAUAGGUCAGACUUCAUAUUAGGUAAAAAGGUAAUUAAAUUGAAAGCCAGGGAGAUGAAAAAAGAUAAAUUUUGAAGAAAUCUUGGGAAUUUAAUAGUGGAAGUGAAGUGUGUAAAAAGCCCAUAGUCAGUGUCCUGGGUGUAUUCUACCUCUCGCUAUUCAGCUCCAAAGGGCCUUGGCUUGUGAAAAAGUCCUCCCAAGCUAUUAUAUAUUUUGUAGAGAACAUUAGGGGUGUGGCGAAUCUUUCUGAUUUUAGCAGAAAAACAGGUUUUCAAAAUUCCCGUUAAAUAAGGAAAAUGGGAAUCUAGUUUUUGCAUUGUCAGUACACCCCGCCGGACGUACGUCUUAACAGUAAAUGAUUGCCAUGUUAAAAAAUUGUAAUGUGAUUUGAAAUGUUAUUGUGAACUCACCCCAUGUGUUGGUGUAGUUUGACGUGCAAAUAACAAGCUAAAAUAUGGUGCUUCACACUAAGCUAUUUCCACAUAUAUGAAGUUGUGUAACCAAUGUGUUAAUAAAAUAAAUGUUUGUUCCAAA